AUGGGCGGGAACCUGAGCUCUCCGAUAUCAGGCGCUCAUUGCCGAAACUCAUCAAGACCAUUCUCGGGCGGGCCUGGAGGCAGGAUACACCCAGUUCCAAGUCAAGACCCAUGCGCAUACACAGCAGGACGCUUCCUGCUUCAAGAUGAGCUUCAACGCAACGCGAGACAUGUUCAGUUCAAUUUCACUAAGCUAUGUGAGGUUGCCAUCAGCGUGUCUGAGGGUGCAUGUCGCGUCAUAAGCUAUGAAAAGAAGGAAGGCGGUUAUAAUAGAGUGUUUAUCCUCUCCCUUGACAAUGGCAAACGCAUUGUAGCAAGAAUUCCUACGCGUGUAGCUGGUGCGCCACGGUUGACGACCAAUUCGGAGGUUGCGACAAUUGCAUAUUUACAGUCGAAAACCUCUCUCCCCCUUCCUAAGGUCUUGGCCUGGUGCGAUGAUCCUAGCAAUCCUGUUGGUGCUGAAUAUAUUAUUCAAGCACACGUCGAUGGCAUCUUGCUGCAUGAACAGUGGCCGCAUAUGGAUGCUCUUCAACAUAUGCGAUGCACCAAGCACCUAUCCCAGAUGACUCCAGAGAUGACAAAGCUCAACUUCCCAGCUUAUGGAAAUAUUUACUUUUCCGAUGCGCCGAUCGAAGCUGGCCUGAAGGUUCCGCUGCAGGAUGAUGGCAGAUUUUGCAUCGGACCCUAUUGUAGCCCAUUAUUCUGGCACAGUGGAUCUGGGGAACCCGAGCUCUACGGAGAGCCAAGUGAAAAUCGUGGACCAUGGAAAACCCUCGACGACUAUGUGUCCGGGCUAAUUGACACCGCUCUUUCCCGUAUACCGAAGGAACAGGACAACAGUCUUCCUUACCGUGGCUCCACGGAAGAGCAUGUUCGUCUUGUUAAGGUCUGUCAGGAAAUAAUGCAUAAAUUAGUACAAAGCCCUUACAUCCAACAAGCUGGUAUGCCAGCAUUGAUCCAUGCAGACUACAACAAACGCAACAUCUUCGUCUCCUCUGAAGACCCAACAGCGAUCACUGGUAUAAUCGACUGGCAACUAACAUGCGUUGAACCGGCGUUUAUAUAUGCACAUAUGACUCCAGAUUUUGCAGCAUUUCCUGAAAUCGACCCAAGUGAAGAUGGCAGUGAACCAAAAUCUAAAGAAGAAGAGAAACUACUGAAGGACCUCUCUAUAUGCAGCCAAACAUUUGACGUGAUUAUGACACACAAGAACCCCAAAAUUAAACCAGGAAGACUACUCGAUUCCACUUUUUUCCGCCUCUUCCACUACUGCUUUACUACAUGGCGUGAUGGUAUACCCGCCAUCCGCCAAGAACUUAUCGACCUCAGUUCCCUUUGGCAUAAACCGGAACUAAACUUGCCUGCCCCUUACCCAUAUGUUCCUAGUGAGCAGGAGCUCGCGGGACACAAGAAGCAAUAUGAUGAUUUCGAAGCAAGAGAAAAGCUAAAAGCGUGGUUGAGAAUAUCUCUGCAGACAACUUCAGACGGAUGGAUCCCCAACGAGCUUUGGAAGGACGCAAAGGAGGCAAAUAGGAUGGCGUAUGAACAGUGGAUGGAAACAGCAAGAGAGGCGGAGGCUAGGGGGGAUGAUGAUAUGACAGUUGAGAAGGCAGAAAAGCUAUGGCCGUUUGAUGCAAGGUAG